GUGGCGGUUUGAUUCACCUAACCUUGCUAAGCACCAAUGGUAUACUUGUGACGAUAGUACGAGUCUCUUUCUUCAGAUCCACAGUAUGCCAGAGGUCAUUGUUCCACUUUUUUGAUGUUUGAGAUGUGGACAGAGAGCCACGACUUCCACACCUCUCAAAGGAUAAAAUGCGCGAGCAUCUCCUGAUCGUGAAUCUGCACAACGGUCUCCAUCACAUUUCAAACACCCCACCUCGUUCCAAUUAUCGUAGUAAUGUCAACGAAUGAUUCGACACCCGCACUGGAUAUUCGUCUUCCUGUCCAAACACAUCGACCACUCCGAGAGCGCCGCUCUGUUCGACUCACAGUUCAAACAACAUUCGAACAUUCCACCGAUGAUCCCUUGACAGGUCACACACCCACCACCCAGGCGACACCAAGCAGUGCGCAUCGCGAGUGGGAUAAUUUCAUCCACUACGACGCACCUUUGGAAUAUUGUUCUAGGCGCUAUCACCUCCAAGACAUAACGGAAUGUCUGUACGUCGCAUCAGCCGACACACAUGAAGUAGACACGCUUUGUGCGGAAGCUGGGGUGCCUUUCAGUCACGUCCUGCAAAUAGAGCCUGUGGAAGACGUUGCAGCAUCGGACUCGAGGAGCGAGGAAAUGAUAGAAGGUGCCUUGAAGGUGCAGAAGCUAAUACUCAAGUGCCCGAGGCAGCCGGAGGGGAGAAGCGGUUGCACAAUGCUCAGUGCCUCCCAGCUCCUCGCAGCACGGGACUACCUUUCCCUAAUCAUGCCGUAUUCGAGUCGCUUCGUUCCAAAGCACCCUCCACGCUUCAAUGUCCAGCUACUCGUUGUCGCACCAGCGGAUCACACAGUUGAUGUGAUGUCGAUAGUGCUGUGCUAUCUCGCGUUUUCUUCUGGGCAUCAUGCGGAGACCGUGAUGGAGCAUAUUGGAGAGGAGGAGUAUGAUGAAGUAUGGGAGGGGGGGAUUUCGCAAGAGGGUCUGGAUUUUGUAGAGCACGUAGCGAGGGUUACAUAGAACAUAGGGUGGCUAGCAGGAUAUAGUAUCGUUGUACUUCAUGACGUGUGCGCCUGUAGGAUAUUGUUGUAAGAUAUUGUCAAAGGGACUCGAGGGACUUACAUACAUUGAUAUACUCGGACC